UAUUUCUAGACUGACUUGGGCUAUUGUAGUGACCAGAGAUCUCCAUUAGACAUGUUUGGGACUAAGGGAAAGGGCAGAGAUCAGAGUUGGCCUUAAAUAUGUAUAUUGCAGGUCCCCUCCCUCUGGAUACAGACUAGAGAUCAUGGUUAAGGCAACUUGUGAAAUACAUACAGGCUGGUUUUGAAAGAGGGAGUUUACAUACUGGGUAUUCCUGAGAGCAUGAUGAAGUGGAAAGAGUGAUGUAUUUAAAAUCAAAGGAUGUGAAUAAAAUCCUGGAUGUGCCACUUAGUACUUGUUUUGACCACAGGUGUUCCAGAUAACCCCAUGUAAAUCUUUGGAGGAUGCUGUAGGGCUGUUGAAGUUGUAAGAAAUCUUCCUGGAAACAGCAUUUUGCCAUUUCAUUCAAUGCCUAACAUUGUAGACACAGAAAGAUCAAAUGAUUCUGCAAACAGUGACCAUAAGCCUGAAAGGAAGUCUCCAGAGCAGAAUUUGAAAGUUACUGUCAAAUCCUUCUGCUCCACCGAUGCCCCAACAACACCACUGGGUCCUGGUGGAGAUGGUCGUUAUCCAUGGAGUUGUCCAGUGACUCAUACUCGGGAAAAAAUCUAUGCCAUUUGUUCAGACUAUGCCUUUCUCAACCAGGCAACCUCAAUCUGUAAAACUCCAAAUUCUACUCUUUCUUCUUGCCUUACCAAUAGCACUUCUGUAACUGUUGGAAAUAAUUCAGCCAGAUACAUUGGUAUCCCAACUAGUUCCUCAGAGAUCAUCUACAAUGAAGAUAGUAACUUGGAAAGCUUAUCUAAUAGUUUUGGCAAGCUGCCACUUGCCUGGGAAAUCGAUAAGUCUGAAUUUAAUGGAGUGACAGCAAACUUGAAAAAUAAAUCAGGCAAUGUGAAGAAACACGUUUCCAAAAAAAAGACUUCAGAAAAAAAGGGAAAACAUAACAAGGAGUGUCCUCAGUAUUCUACUCUUGAAGACAUUAAGCAGCGGAAAGUGUUAGACCUCAGGCGAUGGUACUGUAUCAGUCGACCUCAGUAUAAGACUUCCUGUGGUAUCUCCUCAUUGAUAUCUUGUUGGAAUUUCUUAUAUAGCACAAUGGGAGCUGGAAACCUUCCACCUGUUACUCAAGAAGAGGCUUUACACAUUUUGGGAUUUCAGCCCCCAUUUGAAGAUAUUCGUUUUGGUCCUUUUACAGGAAAUACCACAUUAAUGAGAUGGUUUAGACAAAUUAAUGACCACUUCCAUGUAAAAGGCUGUUCUUAUGUUCUCUAUAAACCUCAUGGGAAAAAUAAAACAGCAGGAGAAACUGCUUCAGGGGCAUUGUCAAAAUUAACACAUGGACUGAAAGAUGAAUCACUGGCUUACAUUUACCAUUGCCAGAAUCAUUACUUUUGUCCAAUUGGAUUUGAAGCAACACCAAUUAAGGCUAAUAAAGCAUAUAGCAGAAGUCAUUUUUUGCAGCAAGAAGUAGAAUAUUGGAUCUUAAUUGGAGAGCCAAGUAGAAAACAUCCUACCAUUCACUGUAAAAAAUGGGCAGAUAUUGUUGUUGACCUUAACACUCAAAAUCCAGAGUACCUCGAUAUUCGACAUCUGGAAAGGGGAUUACAGUACAGAAAAACAAAGAAGGUAGGGGGGAAUCUACAUUGCAUCAUAGCCUUUCAAAGACUUAAUUGGCAAAGAUUUGGCCUUUGGAACUUUCCAUUUGGAAACAUUCGACAAGAAACACAACCUCCAGCACAUUCACAAGGACUUGCUAAAUCUGAGAGUGAAGACAACAUCUCUAAGAAGCAUCAUGGACGUUUGGGUCGGUCUUUGAGUGCUAGUUUUCAUCAGGAGUCAGCGUGGAAAAAGAUGUCCAGUAUUAAUGAAAGAAGAAAUAGUGCCUAUUUGGGUUAUAAUGAUUAUGAUGAUGAUUAAAUGGGUUGGGUAAUGCACAAUUGUGUAAGAAAACUUUGGAAAAAAAAAAAGAAAAUGGAGUAGGGGAUUUUACUAAGUUUGUGUUAUGUAUGACUAGAUCUCAUUGUGUGGGAUAAAAUAGUCUGGUAGUUUUUCAGUACUUAAGCUUGUAUAUGAUUGUGAUGGUGAUCUCAGAUAUGUGAUUAGAUAAGCACAGAGUAUUAUACUUGUAAAAUUAAAGAAAAUAAGCAAUCAAAA